UUGAUUUUUUUCAUGAUACAAAUUUACUAGCAACAAAUGCUAAACGUGUGACCAUUCAAUCUAAAGAUAUACACGAUUAUUCGUCAUUGAUUGCUGUAUCAUCAAAAAUGAAAUCUAUAACAUCGUUACAAUCACACACUAGUGGUGUUAAGAAGAAGCCUCGUCUUUCUUGUACUCGCAAAGAAACGUUAACUUCAAGUCCUAUUAGCCAGAAAAAAACAGUGACAAUAUCCAGUGUAACGUCUGUUCCUAAACGAUUAGAAUCAACCUCAAGUGAUGAAGAUUUGUCAGACAACAACGAAGGAAAAGAAGAAAAGCAAUGGCCAACAACCACUCAAGGUAUAAUCCGUCGUUUGAUCCAAUUACAAAAGUUCGAUGGUCUGUGGCAGUUAAGUGUCAGUGAUAUUGAAAACCUUACGAGUAAAAAGAAAUUGAAAAUAAAAUCUUCUUAUACAAAAGAUGUAUCCAUACUAACAUCAAUGAUUGUUAUUGUCGCUUUAAAAUAUGAAACGAAGUUCCAGUCAUAUAAAUCAAUGUGGAACCCAUUGGUAAACAAAGCAUGCAAACGAAUUCAAGAGUUACUAGGUCAUGGUGGGAAAAAUAUAUUUCAACAGCUAGAAGAAGAUGUUCAAAAACAAAUCUGA